AUGGUUUUAUUGUGUAAGCUAAUUGCUAAACAUCUUGAAAAAUUGAAUAAAUCUUGGUUAAGAUAAAAAAUCGUUUUUUAAUUUAAUCUCAUUAUCCUUUAUAGACAUAGAACCAAAGGCUUCAAAUUAUUGGUGAAGUAUUAUUUUUUUAAAUAAUUGAUAGCACUAUUUAUAAACCAUUUGUUAAAUGUAAUGAAUUAAUAUUAAUCAUAAUUUAUAUUCAAUUAAUUCUUAAUAUGUUAAGUAAAAAUUAGUUACUCAUGAAUACAUUCAUGAAUUUACUCUUCUUAACCAAUCAAACUGUGAUAUAUUAAUUUGAUGCAAAUGUUAACAAUAUUGAUGGUAAUGGUAAUUUAAAAUAUUAUUUUAGAUUGGAAAUCAUCAAAUGGUAAUUAUUAAUUCACUUCUUGUGGAGGAAUUCCCUAUUUUUAUUCAACUAGAACUGAUAUUCUAAUAUAAUUGAACAUUAGUAUUAUACAAGAUUAUUUUUAAAUCUCUAACCUCAUUCUCACAUCUAAGUAGAUGCGUAAUUUAUAAUGUAAUUCUAAUUAUUUUAUGUUAAUAGUUUUGAGAAUAGUUGGAAUACUUUUUACUUGGAUUUAAUUAAAAAAAACUAUUAAAUAAAGAAUACAUCAUCAUACAGUUUCGGUUACGGUUCUUCAUCAACUUAAUUUAUUUAAAUUAUUUCAAUUAGUCUUUCACAUAAAAGAAAAUCUUUUGGAUAAGAAUUAAACAUUUCAAGGCAGAAUUAAUAAAAUUAUCAUUAAGUAUCAAAUGUGAGUAUAACUGUGCAGAAUGUUUUGAUUAAUAUUAAGGUUAGUGCUUAGCAUGGUACUCCAUUAAUAUUCAUUUAAUUAGAAAAACAUUGA